AUGAUACCAAAACGUCAACAAACCUCAGUCUGUAAAAAGUAUUUCCACAAAACAAAUCUGCAAUCAGAUCCCCCCACCCCCCAAUCAAAUCAAACCUGUAAAAACUGACAAUGGUUAUCCCCACAAUCAAACCAAACCUGUAAAAACUGACAAUGGUUAUCCCCACAAUCAAACCAAACCGGUAACAACUGACAAUGGUUAUCCCCCCAAUCAAACCAAACCGGUAACAACUGACAAUGGUUAUCCCCCCAAUCAAACCAAACCGGUAACAACUGACAAUGGUUAUCCCCCCAAUCAAACCAAACCGGUAACAACUGACAAUGGUUAUCCCCCCAGUCAAACCAAACCGGUAACAACUGACAAUGGUUAUCCCCCCAAUCAAACCAAACCGGUAACAACUGACAAUGGUUAUCCCCCCAAUCAAACCAAACCGGUAACAACUGACAAUGGUUAUCCCCCCAAUCAAACCAAACCGGUAACAACUGACAAUGGUUAUCCCCCCAAUCAAACCAAACCGGUAACAACUGACAAUGGUUAUCCCCCCAAUCAAACCAAACCGGUAACAACUGACAAUGGUUAUCCCCCCAGUCAAACCAAACCGGUAACAACUGACAAUGGUUAUCCCCCCAAUCAAACCAAACCUGUAACAACUGACAAUGGUUAUCCCCCCAAUCAAACCAAACCGGUAACAACUGACAAUGGUUAUCCCCCCAAUCAAACCAAACCGGUAACAACUGACAAUGGUUAUCCCCCCAAUCAAACCAAACCUGUAACAACUGACAUUGGUUAUCCCCCCAAUCAAACCAAACCUGUAAAAACUGACAAUGGUUAUCUCACCAAUCAAACCAUUGUCAGUCGUUACAGGUCUCACCUGAGACAAUACCCCAUUCCACCUGAAAGAUUGCCUAUCUGA